AUGACCGGAGAAAUAUUACCUGCCUGUGAUCUGUGCUAUUCGAGAAAAGUGAAAUGCGAUAGGCAGGAAAGAUGCUCGAAUUGCGCAGAUUCGGGUGUGGAAUGUCGACGAUUACGGCCUCAUCGGCCUGCGAAGCCGAAAUCUCUGUCGGGGGUGUCGGCUCUUGAAGAACGGAUCUUAAAUUUGGAGAAAGUAGCUUCUAGCUCACACAGGGCCAGCAUGAGUCCACUUAGCCACAUCCAUGAGGCAGAAGACGAAUCACAUGUAAAAAGAAGAAAGCUCGAGCACAACUCUCCACAUAGCAGUACGCCUCAUGGCAACAAUGAAUCAAUCGGAGGCCCGGAUGAUUCCACUCAUCAUGCCAAGAAGGCCAAGGCUAUCAUCCAGAACGAGCUGGAUGGGAGUGAGAACAUCAGCCGUGAGCGAUGGAUAACGCUCAGAUCCGCCUUAAGCGUUGUCGACAGGAUGACCAAGGGAGACAUCAAUGCGGAGUCAGAAAAGGAUUUACCGCCCGAAGUAACGAGUCAAGACCCCGAAAUUGUUGUUCCUAAUGCUCCUCCGACAGAAUUACUGUAUAUGCUUCUUCGAGAACCCACGGUCACAGAAGUACCAGGCAAUCGUUUGAUAUGGCCAGAUCAUAUAUCAGAACAGACACUUGAGAAAAUGACAGUCUAUCUUCUAGAGAACGAGACCCGGGGACAAGUAUUUCACCAAUAUUGCCAUCUCGCCAAUUCCAGGAAGUUAUACGAAGCGGCUGCUAUUCAUUCUCUCAAACAGCUUGACAUCCUUGCCAUGCCGAGUCUUGCUUUAAUACAGGCAUUACUGUCAGCUGGUCUUUUGAUGCAGUCUUUGGGAAGAGCAAAUCACUCAUGGGUGCUAACAUCCUACGCUGCUCGUUUGAUAGUAUCUCUGAACUAUCAUGAUAUUAGCGAUCCUUCGAACGGGGAAGAAGAAGUCAAAAGUUCGCUAUAUUGGUGUUAUUAUGUUGAUCGAACUCUCAGCGCUCUUCUGAUUCGACCGCCAUCACUGCCCAAUCUUCAAGUAUCUCCCACUGAUCUGGUGAGAAUGGAUACAUCGGUGCCAUAUACGCCACUCAUCCGCAUCAUCAUAGAUUUGUCUCAAAUUCAAGACCAGCUGCUCGACAUCUCGCUUCACGGGAAGCACAGAAGCUCUAGUCAAGUCCUCGCCCACUGUCAAGGCCUGCAGGAAAGGAUGUGCAUUAUCCACAACAAUUUGCAAGCCGGCCGCGACUCCAUCCCUGAGUUGAUCCUGAGCGACUGGAAAUCUGUCGAUUUCUGCUACUACGCCAUACUCGUCGAAAUCCUACGAACACGCCUCCGCUACGCCCCUAGUCCACUAACGCAUCGAGAAUGCCUCUCGUACGCCCGAUGCUCAUUGAAAGCGUUACAAUACCUCCAAGAACACGUCGUCAACGAGUUAGAUUUCGCUCCGUACCCCUUCUUCCUCACAUGGACUAUGUUCAUGUACCCUCUCAGCCCUUUCUUCGUCCUCAUCUGCAACAUCAUCGGGACUCUCGAUAAAGACGACUACCAUCUCAUUUGCAGCAUCACUCAAGGCCUCGCCCAGUUCACCGAAAGCCCCUACGUCACCAAGAUGCUUAACCUCCUGGCCUCUCUGCAACAACUAUGCGAGCCCUUAUUCCAGACCGUCGACAGUCAGGACGCUCCACCGCCACGGGGGCGACGAUGGUAUCCAUUGGCCACGGCCACGUCCGAGCCUGAGACCACGGUUCCCGGGCACAGCGCUACCGCUUACGGGACCGAGAACAUGUCAGUGUCUUCGUCGGCGGCUGUUGGUGCGCCGACGGAGCUCUGGAUGCAGGAACAGUAUCCGGCUGAGGUGACGCCUUCGACGGAGGGAAUGAUGUGGCAGUUAUUCAAUAGUCAGCUUUCGUUGGGGUUGUUUGAGCCGGAUCAUUUGUCUUUUGGGACCGGUUGA